CCAUGGGAACUUUAUUGAAAAGGGGUAGGUCUGGGUUAUUGGGCAUCUGUUACUAAAGCUGGAAAAAAGACUUGUUUUAUGAAUAAGAGCAACAGUUUACAUUGAUUUGUUCCAGUAAUGCUGAUGAACAUUUUAUUAAGUGUUAAACUUCAAAACUGGAAUUGCUGAAUGAGGAGAGCUGAAAAUUCAGGAGCUGAUAAAACUCCCUGUAGAUUUGGAGUGCAUCCAGCCAAAGGAGGCCCUUAAUGCCCGGAUGUCUGUCAAAAUUAGUGUAAUCCAAUACUGAAAUAGGGAGAUUUAGCUCAGGAACCUCUGUCUUUGGGGGUAGAAGCUCAGUGACAUUUUAGAGUGAGCAAAUUUACAGAAACUAGGAAACAGAGCGGAAGUAUCAGCAAAUGGCAAAUAAGUUUUUGGCUGGGGGUUAGGGAAGGAAGUUGGGGAAAGGGACUCAUGGACAUAAAAGAUUUGCUAUUAUAUACUUCACUAUGGCUGCCCAGUCAAGCUUGUACAAUGAGGAUAGAAAUUUGCUCCGGAUCAGAGAGAGAGAAAGGCGGAAUCAGGAGGCUCUUCAGGAGAGGGAGCCAUUCCUAGAAAAUGCCCCCCUCUUUGCAGAACCUUACAAGACUAACAAAGGAGAUGCAUUGUCCAGUCGAAUUCAGAACAUGCUGGGUAGUUAUGAAGAGGUAAAAGAGCUAAUCAGCACCAAGUUGCAUCAGAAUCUCAUAGGGAUACCCAAGAGCGUUGUUCCUCAAAUUCUCCAGGGAAAGCCUGAUCGCCCAUUCUUUCCUGAAAAGACCAGCAGUAUAUUACCAACCUCAUUCCAGCAAAACAACCGCCACCAGCUAAUGGGCUCUUUGGCUCCUCCUUCUGCUAGUAACUCCAUCCAUUAUCCAAAGACACAAUCAAGAAUUGAACCUGCUGCAAGUUUUUACACCAAAACCCACACUUUGUCCAGUGCUCACAGCCAAGGCUCUGAACAGAGAUGUGGUGGUCAGGAAAGCCAUCAUGGUGAUUGCCACAAGAAAAAUGAUAGCUGCGUUGAUAAAGAUAGAACCGAUGAACUGCAAGCAACCCUUUCAGAGCUUUCUCCCUUGCUAUCCUCUUUGACUUCUCCAGUGGCACCCCUAUCACCUCUACAUUCCAGUCAGCAUGUCCAUUCCAGGUCACAGAACAGUGACAAACCUCACAGGCAGACUUACAACCGAAUGGAAUCUCCUCAGGACUUAAUGGCAGGAUUGCACGAUAAAGAAUCCCGGGACACUUCAGCCAUUAAUCUGGUCAUUGCCACCCAACCAUCUUCUCAAACAUUUCCUCCAGCCUUGCCAUCAAAAAACAGUGCAAUGCAGCAGAAACCUACUGCAUAUGUAAGACCAAUGGAUGGCCAAGAUCAGGCACCAAAUGAGUCACCGGAGCUCAAGUCACUUCCAGAGGACUACCCUGGGCAGCCGUAUGGGAAAAUAGCAGAUUUAAAGGCAAAUGCUAAGGCCAAACUAUCCAGAUUGAAAAUACCAUCUGCGCCCAUUGAGCAAACCUUCCCCAAUGAAGUCCAUUGUGUUGAAGAAAUCUUGAAGGAAAUGACCCACUCCUGGCCACCUCCCUUGACAGCUAUCCACACGCCUAGCACAGCUGAACCUUCAAAAUUUCCUUUUCCAAUAAAGGAAUCCCAACGUGUUGGAUCUGUAAUACAGAGCCGGAAGCAGUGUGAUGCACCUUCAAAACGAUUGCCUACUUCACAGCAAGGAACAUCAAUGCUACAAGAUGACCUCCAGCUCAGCGAUAGUGAAGACAGUGAUGAUGAUCAGGUCUCUGAAAAGCCACCACCCUCAUCUGCUCCUCCAAGUGUCUUACAAUCCCAGCCUGAGGGCGUGGCAUCAGCACAUUCCAGCAGUGCAGAGUCAGGGAGCACCAGUGAUUCAGACAGCUCUUCAGAUUCUGAGAGCGAGAGCGGUCUGAGUGACAGUGAAGCAAAAGAGCCACCAAGAAUUUCCACAUCUGAGCCUUACCCACUAACAUCAAAUAAAUGGCAGCUGGACAACUGGCUAACAAAGGUGAACCAACCAACAGUGCCAACUGAGAAUCUCUGUGAUGUUAGUCAUAGGCAUGGUCAUCAGGAGAGCAAGGGGCAAGGGAAAAGAAGCAGCAGCAGCUCUCACGAACAUUCUGAAUCAAAUGAAUUGCACUCCAAAAACUCAAGCAAAACAACCAGGAUUCCCCAGGUGGUGCAUCUUCCUAGCAAACAGACCUACCAGAAGUCUCCCCUGUGCACUGAGGAGCCCACUCAGAGGCACACAGUGGGUAUCAAGAAGCCCUGUAAGAACCCACUACAAGAGGCACACAGAGCAAGCGUGAAAGUGAAAGGUAAUCCUGGUCCAUAUGGAGUUAAAGAACAUUCUUCCAGAGAUAAGCCAAAAGUAAAAACGAAAGAGAGGCCAAAAUCCACUGACAAAAUGGAAUUGAAACGGACAGGGCAAGAGCCCUUGGAAAAGAAAAAGCACAAGAACCCACACCAAGCCAUUACUAAAACAUUUUUGGACCCUAAGUCUGUGAAAGACAUUAUGUCUGGCAGUGCCUCAGAACAUUUCCCCCUCAGUCCCAUAGCUCAAGGCCAGACAUUCACUAGGACUAGUGGCAAAAAGACUGCCAUUGUGGUUAAAGAGGACUUCCAUCGAGACAGACUUAUUUUGCCUAUCAGGGAUAAGAAGCUGUUAUCACCUCUGAGGGAUUCCCCAGUCCCUCAUGCCCUUGUUGUUAAAAUUGAGCUGUGUCUCCUUUCAAGAAUUCCUCAGCCACUAGGGAAAGGAAGUCACCCAAAGAAACUUGAAGGUAAAGAGCUCCCAUGCACCAGGAAGCAGGAUUUUGAAAAAAGAAGCACAGACUCUCUUCACAAGUCUCUCAAAAAGAGAAAGGGAGAAGUGGAGAAAGAGACUGAUAAGAAAAAAAUAAAAUUGGAGAAAGAAACCAAAUCAUUAUUGUCUUCAAGUCAUAAAGACUUCAGUAAAAUGAAAGGAUGCAAAUUUCCAUCCGAGACACUGAAGAAAGAGCUCCUGCUACCGCCACCAUUGCCACCAAUGUCUACCAUACAGCCUGCCCAGAAGCAGGCACAAAAGGGGCACAAGGGUGAGACUAGUACCUGCAGCCAGCUGUUUGUCACAAGUAAUGGCAAUGCCAAGAGCAAGAGCAACCACAAGGAUUCUUCAUCCUCCAAGCACAGGAAAAUGGAGGGGAAGCUCUCUGAACAUUCUAAGAGCAACAAAGAAUCUUCAGGAGAUGUCAAAAACCGUUUCCCAAUGCCUUCUUUGCCAAAUGGUACCUCCAAACCAAAGAGACCUCAAAUCAAGUUUGAAAAACAACAUCCGAUGGAGUAUCACAUAGAGGAGGCCAAAAGACUGAAGCACAAAGCUGACACAAUGACAGACAAGGUUGCAAAGGCAUUUCAGUACUUGGAGGCUGCUCUUUCCUUCAUCGAGUAUGGAAUUUCUAUGGAAUCUGAUGCACUAGCCCCAAAAUCAGCAUACACAAUAUUCUCAGACACCAUAGAUCUCCUUAAAUUUAUAAUGACAUUAAAAUCCUUUUCAGAUACCUCAGCAUCUGCACAUGAAAAAAUCUUUGCUGUUUUGUGCAUGCGUUGCCAGUCCAUUCUGCACAUGGCAAUGUUUCGUUACAAAAAAGACACUGCAGUAAAGUAUUCCCGAACCCUCAAUGAACACUUCAAGAAUUCUUCCAGAGUCACACAAGCACCUUCUCCAUGUGUUGCAAGAAGCACAGGCACACCUUCUCCUCUUUCUCCGAUGCCCUCUCCUGCUAGCUCUGUGAGUUCCCAGUCAGGAUCAAAUGCUAGCAACUGUGGCAGUGGGGUCAUUUGUUCUUCAAUCAAUACUCUACAUAAUAUUCCAAGCAUAACCUUCUCCUACAUCAACAUCACUUCCUAUAUCCUCUGUGCCUAUGACAUUUGGGAGCAGGCUGAUGCACUGACCAGGAAGAAUAAGGAAUUCUUUGCCGAACUCAGUACAGCAGUGUGUACUCUGGCACUGAAUAGUGGUUUGAUUGAUCUGGUGCACUAUACCAGGCAGGGAUUACAGUGGCUGAAACUGGAAACAAAAAUGCCUUAACUGGUGCUCAAGGUGGUUAAUUCCUUGAACUCUUUUGCACUUUUGAAGACUGAGAAACAAUCUGAAUCAUUGGAUACAAAGCACCUGGAAGGGAAAAUACAAGAUGGAAAGGAUCUGACUACACUGGAGAACUUUUGAACUGUGUUUCUAGGGUGGCCCUUGGACACCUUGGAGAGGAAGGGAGACCUAAGACUUGAUGGUGCCUCUCUUUAAAAGGACAAAGUGCAAUGUACUGUCUGAAAGGUUUGGUGUGUUGUUGGUCUAUUAACAUUUCUGUAAUGAAUAACCAGUAAGACAAAAAUCACAUGUGAACCAGUGCUGUCAGGAAGAAAAUCCACCUCCAAAAGUUAUGUAGCAUCUGAAAAGCCACAGCAAUCACAUAUAUAUCAGAAAGUUCAGAGAAGUGUUUUUGCAAGCCUCAGCUGCAGUCCAUGAUGUAUGUUGCUCUUCCUCAGAGUUGGGAGGUCAGACAAGACCUGAACAGAACCAAACAGCAUUAUGUUAAACAAGAGACAGCAAAGCAAUCUCCCUCACUCACUUCCUAACCAUACCCUACUGCAUUGAUACAUUAACCGUUGUACUGCUACUCUUAGAAUUGAUUGCAACCACUGCCUUGUGCACUGCAAGGUCAUUUAGUAGAUCAUCAUUGUUUUGGGUUUUUUUUUCCCUCCUUUAUUCUCAUACACACAAUUCAAGCCAUUACCUCUCAAACAGUGUCAGCUGAGGCAAUUGCUUAUUUUGGACCUCGUAAGUCUAACGCAGUUGGGGUGGAAAAGGUAAGGAGCAUGUAAGGCCAGUGCUAUGUUUCUUUGAAAGGGAAGAAAGGAGUUGUCACUGCACAUCCUUUCAGAUUGUUGCUGGCUGGGUAUGAAGAGGAGGGAAGGUAAGGGACAGUCAGGAAUGAUUCAUUGUGAUUGUGUGAAGAUUACGCUGAAUUGCAGAUCUUUAAAUCAAGAGGAGUUGCUUCUGCAUAAGGCUUUCACUCUACCUGGAAAUGAAGGGUCAGAUUUUGUCCUUGAAUAUUCUCACACAGGCCAGUUGAUUUUUUUGUAUGUCGUAUUUGAGAGCAGGCUUGGCAAUAAAGUGUUGUAACCCUCAUAAGGGAGAUAUUCCCAUUUCAUGGCAAAGCUAUAGGUUUUGUCCAGAAAUUCAAAAUCUAUCUUCAGAGGAACAGAAACUAGAAUAUUCAUCUAUUCUUGCAAGAUUUACAAGCAGCUCUUAUUUGCCAUAAGUUUUUUUUUUAAUUACAAUCAUAUAGAUGACAGUAACACUGAAGAAUACAGCCACAAUAUUUUUAUAUCACAAUAGACGGCAGAGUGCCUUUUCUGUAAUGAAAGCUUUCUGCUCUCUUCAUAUCUAAUGGUGUGCCUUAGCUCUCAAGUCCUCUCCACCAGCGCUUGAUUUAUAUGUGAUAGAUUGCUGGGAAGACUGAUGAAUAGGACAUUGUCCCAAAUGAAUUAUACAUAUCAAUUUUACAGUAAGGAAAAGUUUACAGUGAAUUAGCCCCUUUUCCCCUUUGUAAAAGAAAGCUUUUGCACAUACUUUGUGUUCAUAUAGAAACAGAUCUAUACAUGUGCUGCAAUGAAGCAAUACUCCUUUUCCAAGGUGCCUAUUAAGGAUUUAUGUGUUCAAUAAAUUUCCAAAACUGUUUCUUUUUAAAGCAGUGUCAUUGACCCAUGUAAGUCUGGGACAGUCCCUUGUAAAGGGAGACCAAAGAAAGCUCCUAUAUAGAUAGGGGAAGGAAAGCAUGCCUCUUUGAAGACUGUUGAGAAAAAAAUGUUCCUACAUUAAUCGAGAAAUAAGCAAAAGAACAUUCCAUUCUCUGUUCCCCUCUGCAUGGGAAACCUAUUCAUGUCUUACCAAUUUAUUUAAGGUGUAGUUCACAUAUAACUGAUUCAGCUGAUUGAUAUAAGGUGUUUGUUAACAUUAAUUUUGUUCUCAAGAAGCAUGGGAAGGGCCCAGAAAAGUAAGACCUUUCUGUACACUUUGAAGUCUGUUUCCUGAUUGACUAACAAGCUGGAGUUCCAGACUGAUUGAUUGAAAUCCUCUUCUUAUUUUUGCCUUAUUAUUUGUCACAGUAAGGAGGGUUAUUGCUACCACCUGACUUAAAAAAUCAGUAUUGGACUCUGUAGGAACUUAGAGACGCUUAGGGAUAAACAAGUACAUAUUUUGCUCAACCCUUCAGACGGCCUUUUCCUUCCAUCCAACCACUUCCAUUGCAUCACAGACAUUCUUCCUCCUAAACAAGAUGGACCAGACCAAUAGGAACCAGGACUUUCAUUGUGUAUUUUGUGCUGAGGCAUGCUAUUUUGUUUCUGACUUACUGCUCUACCUUUGAUCAUGGACCCCAGAUUCCAAGGGACUUGCCUACGGCCACCUGUGAACAAUUUAUUAGCUGGAUAGUGCUAUUCCGUCAACAAAGCUAGCUAAAGGGAAUGGGAGGACAAAGGCUUUGUCUACUUAAUCCAGAGGAACCGCUGACAGUUGCUGCCUUACAGGAUUAUUUAUGAACAAUUCAAAAAUAAUGCAAAAUCCAACCCUCUUGUAAAAUUUGAUAUGUAAGGUUCAGUCCUGCUCCCAGUGAAACUGGCAGCAAACUUCUCGUUUAUUUCAGCAGGCGCAAGAUCAGGCCCAUACAGCCACAUAUAGUGAGCUUUCCACAUGAGUGGAAAGUAGUCAGUGAAUAGCAGCUACAGCAAACUACAAAUCACAAACCUAUGUUCUAUUUUUUUCCCUUUGAGGGAACUUUAUAAACAUUAUUAAUUAGGAAUAAAUGCUGCCCAUCUUUAGCCUAGAGCCAAAGGGAAAGUGGGCCAUUGAUUUCAGUUGGGCCUGGGCCUUUGGCAGGAACAAGAAAAAAAAA